AUGUACACCAGUCAUGAAGAUAUUGGGUAUGAUUUUGAAGAUGGACCAAAAGAAAAGAAGACCCAUCAACCUAACCCCAACAUUGACAGCGGAUGGGCUUGGAUGAUUGUCCUUUCCUCUUUUGUGGUGCAUAUACUCAUCAUGGGGUCCCAGAUGGCACUAGGUGUGCUGAACAUGGAAUGGCUUGAAGAAUUUCAUCAAAGUCGAGGCUUGACCGCCUGGGUUAGCUCCCUCAGCAUGGGGAUCACACUUAUCGUUGGACCUUUCAUUGGCUUGUUCAUUAACACGUGUGGCUGCCGCAAGACUGCCAUCAUCGGAGGGAUUCUGAAUGCCCUGGGCUGGGUGCUGAGUGCCUACGCCACCAACGUGCAUUAUCUCUUCAUCACCUUCGGAGUGGCGGCUGGGUUUGGCAGCGGUAUGGUCUAUCUCCCUGCGGUGGUCAUGGUGGGACAGUAUUUUCAGAAGAGACGAGCCCUAGCUCAGGGGCUGAGUACCACCGGGACAGGAUUCGGUACCUUCCUCAUGACCGUCUUACUAAAAUAUCUUUGCUCAGAAUACGGGUGGCGAAGCGCAAUGUUCAUCCAAGGGGCCGUCUCCUUGAACCUGUGCGUUUGCGGGGCACUCAUGAGGCCUCUCGCUCCCAAUGAGACCCAAAGCAAGCAAAUCCUUAAAAGCAAAGCUGGGGAGCGGGAUCUCAAACUCCCUCUGUCGCAUUCCACGGAGUCCAUAAAAUCAAAUGGGCACCUCAACAAAACAGAAGAGCGAGAGGACGGGCCAGCGAAGGAAGAAGUGCUCAGUAACACCCCAGUCCCGGAGAGCAAAGGCAAAGGCAAAGACAGAGUUCCGCUUGGAAAGAACAUGUACGCUCUGCGCAUUCUUAAGAUCGUGAGCCGACUAACCAUCAGAAUCAGGAAGGGAUUCUGGGACUGGUACUCCAGUUAUUUUGGAGCCGCUUCCCUGUUUACGAAUCGGAUGUUCGUAGCCUUUAUUUUCUGGGCCCUCUUUGCCUAUAGUAGCUUUGUGAUUCCAUUUAUUCAUCUCCCAGAAAUAGUCAAGCUGUACAAUUUGUCUGAACAAAACGAUGUUUUCCCCUUGACCUCGAUCAUAGCAAUAGUUCAUAUCUUUGGAAAAGUGAUCCUUGGGAUUGUAGCCGACCUGCCCUGCAUCAGCGUUUGGAAUGUCUUUCUGCUGGCUAACUUGAGUCUCGUCAUCAGCAUCCUCAUUCUGCCGCUGAUGCACACCUAUGCCAGCCUGGCAGCCAUGUGUGCCCUGAUAGGCUUUUCCAGUGGCUAUUUCUCCCUCAUGCCCGUGGUGACUGAAGAUCUGGUGGGCAUAGAACACCUUGCAAAUGCCUACGGCAUCAUCAUUUGUGCCAAUGGAAUAUCUGCAUUGCUGGGACCCCCGUUUGCAGGAUGGAUCUACGACAUCACCCAAAAAUAUGAUUUUUCCUUCUACAUAUGCGGCUUGCUUUACAUGGUGGGAAUGCUCUUUUUACUCAUCCAACCUUGUAUCCGACCAAAGGAACAACCAAGAAAAAAAUACAUAGAAGGCACACAUGUUUAGCGCCAUUUGAAAUGGAGCUCUCAGCACCCCGCUGCUGGCCUAAAAAACAAAGGUAUCUCAUUUGGGGCACUACUCUGAAUGCCAGCUGAGUUUAUACAG